GCACCACGGAUUCUAAGACAAACUACUCCUGAACUUCUGAAUAUUGCACUAUAGAUACUGGAUACAGAUAACUUGGUGUAGCUCUCGUCAAAUAAAUGAUCAAAUCAACCAAUAAGACAUUUUAGAAUCAACAGAAUUUCAAUUUCACAAUAAAGGAUCAUAAUUCUCAAAGAACACAUAUGAUGAGUGUAUACCAAGCACUCCUUCUAAUGGUGGUCAUUACAAUGAAUCCUACAACCGCAACCGUUACAGCCGUCAAUGAUGCAUCAACAACAACUGAUGAACCCAUUAAAAACGUAACUGAUGCAUUGACUACAACUGGUGAACCCACUACAACUGUCAUUGAUGCAUCGCUAGUAACUGGUGAACCCACAACAACCAUCAACGGUGCAUCACCAACUACUGUUAAAGCCACAGCCACUACAACCAUCACCGAGUUAUCAAAAACAACUGGUGAACCAAAUAAAAUGGUCAUUGAUGCAAUGACAAAAACUGGUGAACCGCUACAGCUGUCACCGAUUCAACGACAACAACUGGUGAACAUGCUAAAACCACCACUGAGUCAACAAAAACAACUGGUGAACAUACUAAAACCACCACUGAGUCAACGACAACAACUGGUGAACCCACUAAAACCACCACUGAUUCAACGACAACAACUGGUGAACAUACUAAAACCACCACUGAUUCAACGACAACAACUGGUGAACCCACUAAAACCACUGAGUCAACGACAACAACUGGUGAACAUACUAAAACCACCACUGAGUCAACGACAACAACUGGUGAACCCACUAAAACCACUGAGUCAACAAAAACAACCGGUGAACCCACUAAAAAUGUCACUGUUCCAUCCAGAACAACUGGUGAACCCAUUACAAUCGUUUUUGCGUCAUCCAGAACCACUGGUGAAAAUACUACAACCGUCAAUGAUUCACCAAAAACAACGAGUGAACCCACAACAAGUGUCACUGAUGCAACAACUACUGCCAGUGAAACCGCUAAAACCAUCACUGGUGUUGUCGACAAAAACAGAUGCAGCUGCAACUGUCAUUGAUGCACCGAGAACAACUGGUCAACCCACUCCAACCAUCAUUGAUGUGUCGAUAGUAACUAGUGAACCCACUACAACCAUCACUGAUACAUCAACACCAACUGGUGAACCCACUACAACCAUCAUUGAUGUGUUGACAACAACUGGUGAACCCACUACAACCAUCAUUGAUGUGUCGAUAGUAACUGGUGAACCCACUACAACCAUCAUUGAUGUGUCGAUAGUAACUAGUGAACCCACUACAACCAUCACUGAUACAUCAACAACAACUGGUGAACCCACUCCAACCAUCAUUGAUGUGUCGAUAGUAACUAGUGAACCCACUACAACCAUCACUGAUACAUCAACAACAACUGGUGAACCCACUCCAACCAUCAUUGAUGUGUCGAUAGUAACUAGUGAACCCACUACAACCAUCACUGAUACAUCAACAACAACUGGUGAACCCACUCCGACCAUCAUUGAUGUGUUGACAACAACUGGUGAACCCACAACAACAGUCACUGAUGUGUCGACAACAACUGGUGAACCCACUACAACCAUCACUGAUACAUCAACAACAACUGGUGAACCCACUACAACCAUCAUUGAUGUGUCGAUAGUAACUGGUGAACCCACUACAACCAUCACUGAUACAUCAACAACAACUGGUGAACCCACUCCAACCAUCAUUGAUGUGUCGAUAGUAACUGGUGAACCCACUACAACCAUCACUGAUACAUCAACAACAACUGGUGAACCCACUCCAACCAUCAUUGAUGUGUCGAUAGUAACUGGUGAACCCACUACAACCAUCACUGAUACAUCAACAACAACUGGUGAACCCACUCCAACCAUCACUGAUACAUCAACACCAACUGGUGAACCCACUCCAACCAUCAUUGAUGUGUCGAUAGUAACUGGUGAACCCACUACAACCAUCACUGAUACAUCAACAACAACUGGUGAACCCACUACAACCAUCACUGAUACAUCAACACCAACUGGUGAACCCACUCCAACCAUCAUUGAUGUGUCGAUAGCAACUGGUGAACCCACUACAACCAUCACUGAUACAUCAACAACAACUGGUGAACCCACUACAACCAUCACUGAUACAUCAACAACAACUGGUGAACCCACUACAACCAUCAUUGAUGUGUCGAUAGUAACUGGUGAACCCACUACAACCAUCAUUGAUGUGUCGAUAGUAACUGGUGAACCCACUACAACCAUCACUGAUACAUCAACAACAACUGGUGAACCCACUCCAACCAUCAUUGAUGUGUCGAUAGUAACUAGUGAACCCACUACAACCAUCACUGAUACAUCAACACCAACUGGUGAACCCACUCCAACCAUCACUGAUGUGUCGAUAGUAACUAGUGAACCUACUACAACCAUCACUGAUACAUCAACAACAACUGGUGAACCCACUACAACCAUCACUGAUACAUCAACAACAACUGGUGAACCCACUACAACUGACACUGGUGUGUUGACAACAACUGGUGAACUCACUACAACUGACACUGGUGUGUUGACAACAACUGGUGAACCCACUACAACUGACACUGGUGUGUUGACAACAACUGGUGAACCCACAACAACAGUCACUGUUGUGUCAACAACAACUGGUGAACCCACUCCAACCAUCAUUGGUGUGUCAACAACAACUGGUGAACCCACAACAACAGUCACUGCUGUGUCGACAACAACUGGUGACCCCACCACAACCAUCACUGAGUCAACAAAAACAAUUGGUGAACCCACUACAACCAUCACUGAGUCAACAAAAACAACUGGUGAACCCACUACAACUGUUACUGGGGCAUCAACAACAACAACUGGUGAACCUACUACAACUGACACUGGUUGUGUUGACAAAAAUGGUUACAGCGUCACCCACUACAUCCGUCACUGGUACAUAAGCAACAAUGGCUACAGCUGCACCCACAACAACCGUCACUGGUACAUCAGCAACAACGGCUACAGCUGCACCCACAACAACCGUCACUGGUACAUCAGCAACAACGGCUACAGCUGCACCCACAACAACCGUCACUGGUACAUCAGCAACAACGGCUACAGCUGCACCCACAACAACCGUCACUACUCUGGAUCCAUCAUCAAUACUGUAAAUGUAGCAUUCAGCUCCCCCUCGGUCCCUAAUAUCACAGAGAUUGGUACUGUUUUGAUAAAUGCUGCUCAAAACAUCACAGCUUUGGAAAUUGACCCCAACUCAGUGACGGUCAACAACACAGGUAAACACAUCUGCAGCCACAAAAACUCUUACCAGUGCAAUAACAACGAGUGGCUUAUCGACAAGAACUGGUGA